GUAUCACCAAUUUGCCAACUAUUGUGUGCAUUAAGAUUCUAUGCCACUGGGAACCAUUUAAUUGCAGUGGCAGACAUGGGUGGCAUAAGUGUUGCGACAUGUAGUAGGAUAGUGAAAAGAGUCUCUGAAGCCAUAGUUACAUUACGUCAUGAAUUUAUCAAGCUUCCUAAUACACACGAAGAACAAGCCUAUGUGAAAGAAAAAUUUUAUAGGAUUGCUCGCUUUCCUAAUUUGAUAGGCUGUAUAGACUGUACACAUAUAAAGUACAUACAAUCACCAGGUGGAGAUGAUGCUGAGUUAUUUCGCAACCGGAAAUCAUACAUGUCAAUCAAUGUUCAAACUAUAAGUGACCCUGAUCUAUUGGUAACAGAUAUUGUAGCUCGUUGGCCAGGAUCAACGCAUGAUUCAACAAUUUAUCAGACUAGUAAUAUAUUCAGGAAAUUCGAAAGGGGUAUUUAUAGUGGGGCAUAUUUAUUAGGAGACAGUGGAUAUCCUCUGAAGAGCCACCUUCUUACCCCUUAUUUAAACCCAUCAACUCCAGCACAACAAAAAUACAAUGAAGCUCAAAUAAAAACUAGAAAUGUGGUAGAAAGACAGUAUGGAGUUCUAAAACGAAGAUUUCCAGUCUUAGCAGUUGGUAUACGACUAAAACUACCCACCGCCGUCAAUGUCAUCAUAGCAUGCUGUAUUUUGCACAAUAUAUGCAUCCUACGGAAAGAACAAGAACCUUUAAACGAUGGAUCUAUUCCUAACUUAGAAUCCCUCAUUGAAGCUGGAAGAAUUCCCCAUAUACCAGUGACAGUCAAUGACCCCAUAUAUGGGUUUCAAAGAAACCAAAUAACUAAUUACUUUGAAAAUAUGUAAUGUUUUAAUAUAAAUUAAAUUACCUCUUAUUUGUGCUAAA